GCAGAGACUGGUCUAUGCUCUUUGGUCUUUCUCCAUCUAUACCAACCAUUAAAAAAUCUCCACUGGUUUUCUUCUCUCUUAAUAAAUCCACUUUAAAAACAAAGCGCAAAAUCAAAAUUAUUAAAAAAAAACCCUCUUUGCCAACGAAAGGAAAGGAAAGCAAAGAGGAAGAAAGAAAUGAUGAAGAAAGGAAAGGGAAUUUUAAACCCUAAUUUGAAGAUCUCUCUUCUUCCUCCAGCCGAGAGCUCCUUCGCCAAAUUUCUAACCGAAAGCGGUACAUUCAAAGACGGCGAUCUCCUCGUCAACAAAGACGGAGUUCGAAUUGUUUCUCAAUCCGAAUCUGUAGCUCCUCCGCCCAUUAAGCCAUCAGAAACUGACACGGAUGAUCAGUUGAAUUUAGAUGAUAUAGAUGCGAUUAAAGUUAUUGGCAAGGGUAAUGGUGGAAUUGUGCAAUUGGUCCAACACAAAUGGACUGGCCAAUUUUUUGCAUUGAAGAUUAUUCAAAUGAAUAUUGAGGAGUCAGCUCGCAAACAGAUUGCAAAGGAAUUAAAAAUAAAUCAAUCCUCUCAGUGUCCAUAUGUUGUUGUUUGUUAUCAGUCUUUCUAUAAUAAUGGUACCAUUUCAAUCAUCUUGGAGUAUAUGGACGGUGGAUCCCUAGCUGAUUUUCUGAAAAAGGUUAAAUCCAUUCCCGAACCCUAUCUUGCUGCAAUAUGUAAGCAGGUGCUAAAGGGUUUGAUAUAUCUUCAUCAUGAAAGACACAUUAUCCACCGAGACUUAAAGCCAUCUAACCUGUUAAUAAAUCAUAGAGGAGAAGUCAAGAUCACUGACUUUGGUGUGAGUGCAAUAAUGACAAGCACCUCAGGGCUAGCAAACACUUUUGUUGGCACGUACAACUAUAUGUCUCCUGAGAGAAUUAUUGGUGGCAAUUAUGGCAAUAAAAGUGACAUUUGGAGCUUGGGACUAGUGUUGCUUGAGUGUGCAACAGGUCAAUUCCCAUAUUCCCCACCAGAGCAGGCAGGAUGGACUAACUUUUAUGAGCUUAUGGAACAAAUUGUUGAACAACCACCGCCUUGUGCACCUUCAGAUCAAUUUUCUCCUGAAUUUUGCUCAUUUAUUUCUGCAUGUGUAAAGAAAGACCCAAAGGAAAGAAAGUCGGCACAUGAACUGCUGGAACUGCCUUUCUUGAACAUGUAUGAUGACUUGGAUGUGGACCUCUCAUCUUACUUCAACGACGCAGGAUCACCACUUGCAACCCUUUAGAACUUAUGUGUUCAGACCAAACAAAUAAAAUAACUAGUCAGACUCUGAAAGAACGUCAGUAGAAGUUGUAGAAGCAAGGAAGAUUUGUAGUUGUGACUAAAGUACAAGACUUAUUUGAGCGGCUGUUGUGAUGGCGAGGCCCAAAGUUAAGCAUCAAAGACUAUCAUAAAAAUUUCUUGCCAGAGGACUACGAGCGCGAGGUACAGCUUGUUGCUGUGUGUUAAUGUUUUAUAAUUAAAAGGAAAUGCUGUCAUAUAUUAAGAACAAUUUCAUAAACUUCCCGAAAUAGGAAUUGUACUAAAUUAGAUAAUGGAAGUGACAAUUUUAACUAGUCUAAAUUAGAUAAUGCAUGCACUUGAGUUUGUAAUAAGAAUGUCUUGACCUUUAGGUCUGGCAAAUUCAGGGAUCCUUUUAUGGCCAGUUUGGUGUCAUCUGGUUGAUUCUUCAAUGAAUAAUAAUUUGGCAAUCUU